GCAGUUAGUGCAUGCCAGUUUGGAGUGGAGGUGUGCUCUCAGAUUGUUACAAAUGUUACUACUGAGAGAGGAAAAGAUGGGAAACUGGGACGUUCCAGCCUCAGGACCAGCACAAAAACAACACUGUCUGACGCCAUGAGAUCAUCAGGAACCCUGCACUGAUGCUGUGCCUGCGUUAUGAUGAACUUGAAAUCCCAACAGAAACUACUCAAAUAUGAUCUGCUCCUGAUCACACGACUGAUUUGCAACGACCUGCGCCAGCUUUUUAGAAAUGAAGGAGAGAAAUGGUUAACAUUGUCAGCCAGACAGCCUGAAGAGGGCCUGAAGAAGAUCUCGAGAGUCUGUGGAGCGAUCGGUCAUGAUGUCUGAUUCCAGGGUGUCCUCUGUCAUCCAGGAGUGGGUGAGCUCCUUCCCAGGUCAGGUGCACACCCAGGCCCUGAAUCCUGUCACUUCCAAUCCGGCUGCUUCGGCCAAUCAGAUGACACAGAUGGACAUGAUCUCAUACAGCCAGUCUCAGGGGAUGAUAAGGGGCGGCGGUGAUGACAGAGGGGCCGAGCAGAUGACGGGCCUGUCGUACCUGCCGUACACAACGUCCUGUCUCGGCAACGCCUCCAGCGCCGCGAGCACAAACCACCACCAGAGCCACGCCAACACUCAGCAGGACUUCUCCCCCUUCCUCCUGCCCACCCUGCGGGCCCCAGUGACCAAGAGGAGCAUCAGCAAGGAUAGCGCAGAGUACCGCCUGAGGCGCGAGAGAAACAACAUCGCAGUGAGAAAGAGCCGGGACAAGGCUCGCAGGAGGAUCCUGCUGACCCAGCAGAGGGCCCUGCAGCUGCAGGACGAAAACCAGAAGCUGCAGAUGAGGAUAUCGCAGCUGACACAGGAGCUGGACACUCUGAAACACAUCCUGUCACAGCGGCAUCUGCAGGCCGCUGAAGAUGGAACAGCAGGACAGUCCAGUCUCUGAAAACAGGCAAAAGCCACAUUUAUACCUGGUGUUAACACCUGAUUACAGGCAUCACAGUGCGUCUAAGUAGGCCCGCAAGACUCAGAGUUCAAGCGCUUGUUCGUGCAUUUUUUGCCAACAAAUUUGGGAAAUGAAAAAAAGCCACCUAAAGGAGGUAAUGCCAGGUAUAAAAGCGGCUAGCUGUAGUGUUAUAUUGUAAAGUAAACCAUAGCAUACUGGCAGUGUUGUAGCUACUAUUUAGGACACUGAGGUCCACAUUCUUGAGGGUUAUUGCAAAUUUGGUGUGCCACCCUUUUUAAAUUUUGCUCUACGUAUCAGUUUUUACAUUUUUGCACAUGGUGAGUGUAAAAGUUUCAAAAAUGGCAUAAUUAACACUUUCAAUCUGCUGUGAUUUUUUUUUUUUUUUUGACACAAUACACAUUCAGUGUCACACAAAAGUCGGCUGCACUGAAGCAGGCUUCUCGUUACUCAAGACGACCUGCUGAAAUUCCAUCUGCCAGUGGCAGAUUCUACGAGCUGUAUCUAACUAAUGCUACUGUUUGAACUGUACACAAACACACUUUUCAUUCUUUACACUUGGUGUUUAUGGUUUUGAAAACAUGUAGCGCAAACCUGAUACACCUCCUCUGCAAGGCUGCAAAUGCAAAACUGUGAUCAGAUAAUAAUAAAUAAAAUGAAACUAAUGAGAAUAACUAAAAGUCUGGGUAAAAAUGACCUCGGUAGUUCUAAUAUGGUGGCUGUGAUGCUGCACAAACAGAGUUUUUAAGUACUGUUACAGUUUUUACUGCUAAAAAAUACACUGUGGUCUGAAUGUAGAGGCUUUUUCUCUUUAUUUCAUAAUGUGGAAAUGCAGGAGCUCGAGGCCCACAGAGUGAAUGAUUAUGCAGGAUCAAUACUGAAUUUAGGUCAUGUGAUAGAGGACUUUGUUUUGAGGUGAAAUGCUGACGUAGAUCUAAAAAUCUAAAACGGUGCACUGAAGGACACAGAAACUGGUCAUUAUCUUAUUUACAAAUUAGAAGUGAUUAUUUCUGAGGCCACUGCCUUCACACAUGGAUAAUACUCAUAGACCCUUAAAAAAAAGAGGCCCACUGUGUGUUUUGGACUGGUUAGAUAUGAUUUGAUUUAAUAAACAUUGCCCAAUCAUCUACCUGACCCUUACCGUCUUCGUCAGAGCUGAUUGUAACUGUUGUUGCCCAACAGAGUUGCACAACGACCUGUGGUUUGAAGAGGAUUCAGUGAAAUAGAGAGAAAAGGAGUCUCUCUCUUUUUAAAUAUCGCAUCAUUUCCCAGUAAAUAAAUGUGACCACUUGAAAUGAUUUUAAAUGUUCAAAGAAUAAUGAAUGUUUUAUAAUUUUAUAGUAAUACAUUGUUAAAGUAAAACUUUGCCAUAUGUUCUUUCUAUUUUA